AGCCAUGAGGUGAGAUGCGUACAAAACUAUAGGCAAGCAGUAAGUUUACAGUUACAGAGAUGUCAAUCAUUGCUAUUCAUCCCUGAGAGAAGGGGUGUAGUGGUUUUUAUACUGCUAAUCAGUGAAUGUGCCUCAGUUUUUCUAUGCUGAGGGCCCAGCUUUGUCUUAUAGCGGCAAAGUGCCAGCCACAACAUACAGACAGGUAGUACAGGAGAAUGGAAGAUGAACCCAGAAGUUUUGGAGACAAAGUGUACAAUUUUCUUUUGCUGUUUUUGGUGCCGGGGAUCGAGCUCGGGACCUUGUGCUUGAGAGGUAGGCACCGGAACCACUGAGCUAAAUCCCCGGCCCUGUACAGUUUUAUUUUUAACACCAGCAGGUCAGUCUGGGGCUUCUCCACAGAGACUGAUCCCUCUGGGUUUGAGCAGGGCAGGUUAUAAUCUUGGGAGAGGGGCGGGCUUGCAGGAGUUGAGUACUUUGCAUUGGUUACAUAGAACGCAAGUCAUUUGGGGCCAGCAAAUUCACUGGUUAUCCGACAUUACAGACAGCAAGCUCAGGGCAGAGAGCCACAUCUCAUUUACAUUUGGCAGGGAGGUAGAAGUAAUAAAACUGAGAACAAAGAAAAUUCCUGAGAUGCUUGAGAGGAAGUGUCCGGAAGCUUGGACACACUGAGGGAAUGGGGGAACUUUUCCACCAGCAAGUCUGGCUUUAACUGUGGAGAAACAUGUUCCCUGUUCAGGCUAACUGCUUUAUAACAAUUCCUAACUAACUUAGCUCUUUACAAUACUGGGAUCGGACCUCUUGACCUGCAGACUAUCCCUGGCCUGGUUCCCCGAGGGGCCAGAACUAUCCAGAGCUACUGCAGGUCAGCGCUGCCCUGGUGACAUUGGGGCCAAGAUUCCUGUGUCUGGGUAGACCCAGGAGAUGGGACAGACAUCCUGAGAUGGCCACAGGAGGACUGUGAAGGCUUCUGUGUGUGUCCCCCAGAUGGUCAGUGAGGUGCAGAGGAUGAGAACCACCUUGCUUCUCCUCCAGGCUCUUCCCCUCCUGCUCCAGUCCUGUCCCGGGGCUCACUUGUCAGAGUUUGGAUUCAGAAAUCAGAUGAUGUUCCCGGAAAAGGAACCCAAUGAAUGAGGCAAUGGGUUUGGGGGAAAGGCUGUGUACUUCCUCUCUUCUAGUCAGCUAGGUCCCUUACCAGCGUCAGCUCUCUGUGGUGACUCGUCACUCCAGUGCAGCAGUAUGUGGCAUCUGCCGCCACCAUUGGCUCUGCUACUUCUAGUUUCAUCUGUCACACAAGCUGCAGAUCACGGAAAGGCAGUGGUGCUCCUAGACCCGCAGUGGGUCAGGGUGCUCCAGGAUGACAAUGUGACUCUGGCAUGCCAGGGAGCCUACCCAACUGGGGACAAUUCCACACAUUGGUACCACAAUGGAGCACGCAUCUCGAGCCAGGCCCCCAGCUACCUCAUUCAGGCUGCCAGAGUGGAGGACAGUGGCGAAUACCAGUGCCAGAGGGGCCUCUCCACGCGCAGUGACUCAGUGCAGCUAGAAGUCCAAGCCAACUGGCUGGUGCUCCAGACCUCUAAGUGGGUGUUCCAAGAGGGGGAGCUCAUUCGGCUGAGAUGCCACAGCUGGAAAAACAAGCCUGUGUACAAAGUCACCUACCUACAGAAUGGCAAGCCCAAGCAGUAUUUUCAUAAAAAUUCUGAAUUCCACAUUCCAGAAGCCACACUCAGUCACAACGGCUCCUACUUCUGCCGGGGGCUCAUCGGACAUAACAACAAGUCUUCAGGGACUGUGGAUAUCAUCAUUCAAGAUCCAACAGCUCCUCCAUCCAUCAUCUCACUACCAUUUCCACCUUGGCACCAAAUCGCUUUCUGCCUGUUGAUAGGAUUGCUGUUUGCAGUGGACACAGGCCUGUAUUUCUUUGUUCAGAGAGACCUCCAAAGAUCAGUGGUAGCCAAGAAAGAGUACAAUUUUAAAUGGAGCCGGGACCAGGACAAAUGACCCCUUAGCUCCUGGGGGAAUAAAAGCAGCAGUACUGCAUUUGGAAACCUCUCUUCGGAUCUGCAACCUCCUCAUCCCCACCUGGCAUUUCCUCAACAGGAAAAACACUACUCAGCCUGGGCUCAGAGCACGUCCUCCAGCUCUGUUUUCUCCAGUUUCUAAUGGGAAGAAAAGGCCUGUGAUCUUUGGGGACCCACAGGGAUGCCCCGGGAGUAGCUGCAAGCCCAAGAAGUCUCAGAGUUGUAUGUUUUCUCUAUCCAAACCACACUCUCCCAGAACAGCAACACACAGGCUCUGGACAGUCACCUUUCAAAUGGAUAAAAAGCCUCAUAAAUAAGUAGAUCAAAGAGUUAAUGAAUGAGGCAGGGCAGCAGAACAAUGGUUUGCAUCUGUUGCUGCAGGGCUGGUUGCCUUCCAGAAAGCCCCAAACUCCUUCCAGACAGAGUACAGGAACUGCUAGGGAUUGAGGCAAUUAGCAGAAUCCAGCAAAAGGAUGACAAAAAGAGCAGGGGAGUCCAGGACAGACAGGAAGAUCCCUCUCCGGGCCCAGAGAUAAGGCUCCUCUCUCCAGCAGGAGGCACAGCAGAGUGAAGGAGAAAUCACGCAAGUGCAGUGGAUUUGAGCUUUCCUGGGUUGGGGCGGGGGCUCUCUAACAAUUGAUAUGGUCUAUGAGUAUAUAAUGAUGAAUCUUCUUAAUGCACUGAGCAGAAAAGGAAGGGGGCUAUGACCGAAGGAAUGGACUCAGAGAAGUAGAGAUAAACCCAUGUGUUGUGCUGACAGAGGUAUCUCAGCAUCUAACCUGAGAAAACGUGUCAAGAAAGCUAUAACCACAAGUUCACAGGAAGCAAUGGCCAGGGGCUUAGGCGGUUUUUGUUGACCAAGGUAGUAAGAAUUAGAGGAGAGGAAGGGUGGGAACUCUUAAAAAACAGCUUUUCUGUUUCCAUAUCUGAUUUAGGUAAAACUUUGUGCAUACCAUACAUUAAAAAGAUGUUGAAUAGCCAACAUUAAAUGUCCUGAGCUUCCUGAGUUAAAUUACGAAGCUCUGAAAUCCCUCAGCUUACCAGUACCAAUGGGGAGGGGUUGGAGACGGCAGUGGCUGCUUACAUAAAGAAGCUUUAAAAAUAUAAUAAUAAUAAAAAUCAGAAGCAAGAAGAAAAAGAAGCUUUAGCUGUCUCUGUGCUUCAGAUGUUUUUAACAGCAUUUCUUGCUUUUAAUAAAGUUUUUGCAAGAUCUUGUGUGCUACUUUCAGAAGACAGGAAAAACAUGGUAAUAAAGCACGAAUAAGAAAA